GUCUGUCCCGUGUGUCAAAUGUCAAAUACAUAUUUUUUAGUGGUUCUGCAGUCUGCAGCAGGUUUCUGAGUUAAUUCAAUUUUUGAAAAAAAAUUGGCGAAAAUAAGGCGGACAUGGGCCGGAAGAAAAACGAUUGUUGAGAAGGUAACGCGGUCGUAAACAGGUCCGACAUGAUUUUCACCCUCUACUACAUGUACGCGACGUUGCUGCAGUGGUGGCGAUUGGGUGCCCUCAAAAACAAACUCAACGGGACCCUGAAUUCGAAAAACGCGAUACUCGUAUGCGACGAGAAGGUCGUCUACGACACCCGGAAACCGAGAAGCUUCGAGAAUCUGCUUUUCAGAAACGAGAACAGGAUCGGAUGCACCGUGGUACCCAAACAAAAAAUCAACCUCUCGUCCCAGUGGGUCAUAUUUCCAAAAGACUGCAAGUACUUUCCGAUUUAUUUUAAGGAUAACCGCGUGGCGAUUGAAUCGCCCAACAUAUACAUAUGGAUACAAGCGGUGUUGGACAACUAUACCAAGCACCAUUCGGAGAUAUUACAGGUUGAGAAUUUCGGCGAACUGAUCGCGUGGAAAGUCACCGAUCACUUCGAGCUUAUCCUAAAAUCAGACCUCGACAAGCUGACGAAACUUGUGCAGUGUUUUUCUCAAAGCGACUGCGACAUCAAUCACGAGCUGCAACUGUUGAGGCUCGAAACCGUAGACGUCGACGGAAAACCCAAGAAAAUAAAAUUUGAACGGAAAUUUUCGACUGACACGACCGUGAAAUAUUCCCACCGACCCAUCCACUGGAGGAACUUCGUCUGUGAGGUGAAACAUCUGUACUCAAAGAUACGGGACGCCACCAACCCCAAGAUCACUAUUGACAACGGAUCGGCUAAGUCCGAGGAACUCAAGAAAGUACCGGUGUCGGAAGUAAAACCGAUAAAGAAAGAGAGAAAAGGCGAAGACAAGAACACGUUGGAGGUCAACUCCAACGACUACCGGCGUCACAAGUCGCCAAACCAUCACGGCAAAUCCGAAACCGACAAUAAAUCGGAAAGACACAAAAACUAUAGCCCGAAAAAGGAACCCAAAGAGUCUGGCCCGAAAGAUGACAAGGACAAAGCGAGAGAGCCGAGGAAGCACUCGAAAACGCGGGUUCACGCGAGCAAAGAACACCCGGAACCGGGUAGCUCCAAGGAGGAGAGAAAAAGUAGCGCGAAAAUCGAUUCGGAAGCGGCCGAGUUGAACGGGGAGAAAAAGAAGGGCUCGAAAGGUGACCUUGAAUUGGCGGGGCCCAAGAAGUCGCCGGGAAAGGAUGUCGUCACCAGGAGUUCUAGCAAAGAGAAGAAACUUACAAGGAGCACCGCCACGUACGACGAUCCGGAGGAGGACAAGGGGUGUAAAGCUAAAACAAAGGAUGAUAGGAUAGAGGAGAAGAAAAAGAAACAUAAACCGAUGCCGCAGAAAGAUUCAUCUCCUGUGGAAGAGAUGGUUUUAUCCGCGGAUGCUAUGGUACCGAGACAUAUCAAACCGCCGAAUGUACUAGUAUACGCAGACAGCGUCGUCGCCAAAGACAACGUAAAGGCGGUGCUGGCAAACGUUUUAAACAGAGAUAAGUACACAAUAUAUGAUCUGCCGGACACCGGAAAAUCACCGUGGACCGAUUCGACCGCCCUCGUCGUCGUAUGUGGAGCUGUCGAGUCGAAGCUGGCCGCGAACUUGAUGAAAUUCCUCUUCAACGGUGGUCAGCUGCUCUGUCUGUGCAGCGACUUGUUAUAUAGCGUGUUGCACACGUUUACCACCGCGGAAGUUAGGGAACACGAGCUGGUUCGAUUCUCGUACGGCAAGUGGAAGCGGGUGAAGAUGAUGCAUCACAUAUUCUGCUACCAGGCGUCGCCGGCCAAGAAACAAUUUUCGAAAGAUUCAGACGCGUCCAAUCACAGCAGCGGCAAUGGGUCGAGUCCUAUUGCGCCGAGGACCCCGUCCGCAGUGGAAAUCCAGCAUAACGGUAAAGAAUAUACGAUUCAGGUGCAGGUGUUGGGUGCGGAAGAAACGUGGCAGACGCCCAGUUUGCUGCUAGCAACCGUGAAGGGUUCGGAAGGGCGAGCUAUAUUUUCGCAGGUGCACUUGGAGAUAAGUCCGAGUCAGUACGAGGACGAUGAAAGCAGGUUCGAAGCCUUAAAGGAGAGCGAUCCGGCUAGGUUGGAUAUACUGAAAGAUAUAUUGUCGAACCAUUUGGAUUUGGACUGUGGCAAUCCGAACCCGGUGCCUGAUUAUACUCCGGCUUAUUUCUUGGGAAGACACGACCUGAAACUCAAAAUGCUGUCCGAGUGUCCGUAUAUUAAGGACAAUAAGUUGGAGGCAGGCGAUCUGGGCGUAGUUUUCUGCGGCAAAGACGACCGGUACGACAGUCCUUCGAGAAUGUUUCUGCCCGUUCUAGUACACGCGUGUCCCUCGAAUUUUUCCACUGUGACGUACUUCGAGACAUUGGAGACGAAGUACACCGGGCGUUUGGUGCUAUACAGCGACGUGCUGUCCAGCACGCACCAAAUAGUAGGCUCCGGCAGAUUGGCUAACGGUUUGGCGGUUAUAACGAGGCAGCAAGUGAGCGGCGUGGGUAGGUCGAAUAACGUCUGGAUUAGUCCGGCGGGUAGCGCCAUUUUUAGUCUCCAGCUCGACAUCCCGAUGGCGUCUCGGCUAGGCAAAGCCCUCGCGUUGACGCAACAUUUGGUAAUGGUGGCCGUUGUGUCGACCGUGAAGAAUCUCACCGAACAUUGCGAGCAUGUGAAAAUCGGCAUCAAAUGGCCAAACGACCUCUACGUCAACGGUGCUGUCAAAAUAGGGGGCGUCAUCGUCACGUCUACAGUUGCGGGCGACACAGCAUCGGUUAAUAUCGGGUGCGGCAUCAACUUAAGCAACUCAAACCCUACCACGUGCGUCAACGACGUAAUUAAACAGGUGAAUGGCUCGCAUGGUCUCGCUCUAAGGACGAUUUUGUUCGAGACGUUCCUAGCGUCGGUCUUCAAUGAAUUCGAGACGCUCGUCGAGCGUUUUCAAAGUGGGGACGUAGAAUGGUUUUACGAUCUCUAUUACAAAUAUUGGCUGCAUAAGAGUUCGAGCGUCGUGGUCACUUCCAAGGACGGCAAAAUGCAAAAAGUCAAGGUGGUCGGUAUCGACGACUACGGGUUUCUCAAAGUUCAAACGAGCGGCGGAGACAUGUUUUCCGUCCAACCUGACGGUAACUCGUACGAUAUAAUGAAGGGGUUGAUAUACCCGAAAAGCUUUUGAAGCGGCCCUUAGACGCGAACUUGCAUCUAGUCUAGAAUCCUAUCUAGAUUUCGUAUAUAAGCAAUCCAAUAACGUAUCGGUAUGAUUUUAAAUGUGCCGUUGCAGUUUCCAAGUUGUUGUUUUUAUCGACUAUAUAAACUUUUUCGAAGCCAUUUUUUCUAUAGUAUCGAUGUUGUCCCCUUAAGAAGAGUAUAUUUUUGCGCGUCGAAUUUUUUAGGUGUACUCUAUGUCCGUUAUUUGGUAUAAAUUUGAAAUAAACGUUAUUUUUUUGAUACGAAAAUCCUUGCGUGUG